AGGCGGGGUUACGCACAUCUAGUUGUUUCAACGACACUGUGCCAUACGAACUUUGAACUAAACGACCAUGCAGUGCGUAAUAACAGCGCGACUCAUCUCGCCACGCAAAUCCCAUUUUAUAGCGAGCGCGCUGUGCAGUAAGCUUACAUUUAAAUUUGUGCCUUGGCGGAACAUGUCCACGACGCGACCGGUUACUUUGCUCGGCACCAUGGCCUUCGGAGGCCGGGCAGACGCCGAGCAAAGUCUGGAGAUGACCAAGACGUUCCUGGACCGGGGACACAAACAAUUGGACACGGCCUUUAUGUACAUGGACGGAAAGUCGGAGAGCGUCAUGGGAGGCAUGAACCUCCCCAAAACAGUCAGCAUUGCCACCAAGGCAAACCCGUGGGACGGGAAGACGUUGAAACCGGAAAGUGUGCGCUCUCAAUUGGCGACUUCCCUCAAGCGUCUGCAGACAGACUCCGUGGACCUCUUCUACCUUCACGCGCCCGACCACGUCAAUCCAAUUGUGGACACCUUGCGGGCUUGCGACGAGCUCCACAAAGAGGGCAAAUUCAAGGAGUUUGGACUGUCCAACUAUGCAUCAUGGGAAGUGGCUGAAAUCGUGUGCCUAUGCAGACAGAAUGACUGGAUUGUGCCCACAGUGUAUCAGGGGAUGUACAACGCCACAACCAGACAAGUCGAGACAGAGUUACUACCCUGUUUGAGGUACUUUGGGUUGAAGUUCUACGCAUACAACCCACUCGCAGGUGGCCUUCUGACUGGAAAGUAUCACUAUGAGGACAAAGAUGCAUCUCAGCCAGCAGGGAGAUUCUUUGGUAACAAUUGGGCUGCAGUUUACAGGGACAGGUACUGGAAGCAGAGUCACUUCCAAGCUAUAGAAGUGGUCCAAAAGGCCUUGGAGGUAGCAUACGGGCCAACGCCGCCCACUCUGUUGUCUGCCGCCAUGCGCUGGAUGUACCACCACUCCCAGCUCAAGGGCGAAUUUGGUGACGGCGUCAUCAUCGGGAUGUCAACGGUGGAGCAGCUCAGAGAGAAUCUGGCCGCCGCGGAGGAAGGGCCUCUGGACGAGAGGGUGGUGAAGGCCUUCGGGGACGCUUGGAACCUGGUCGUGCAUGAGUGUCCGAAAUAUUUCCGAUAGGUGACGUAGGAUUAGGAGUUAGGGAUGUUGAGUUUUUGGGUGAAAUUUACAAAAUGGACAGAAAAUGCACUGCAAGCUUUUCAGGUGAACUUAAGUUGACCUUUUGUAGUAGGUGUCCUAAGUGUAAUCAGCAGGACUGGAAUACUUAAGAUUUAGAAAUGGUUCAAUUAAACUCACUUAUAAAGACAAGAAAUACCACCCUAAAGCCCAAUAUCGCAGACUUUUUUUUUGAUAAAUGUGAAAUGGUCUUUAUUAUGGUUCUUACUUAUUUUCAGAUCAAACGUAAUUUGACUUUUCACACGUUCUCCUCCCUUCCCCCUUUCAGUUUAAGCAAAUUGUAAAAGGAAUUGUACAGCACACAGUUUAGUUUUCUAAAACGGAUGACAUUUUAUUUUCAUAUUUCAUCUGAUUUGUAAUGAAAGAUAGUGCAGUUAAUGUGACGCAUUUCUCUGUGCAAACCAGUACUUCUUUGAGCCGUAUUUCAGUCCUGAGCUAAAAGGUCAAGGUAGAAGAUGCAGUACAUGUUUUGGGAUGGCAAUAAAACAUGUCCAGAUUAUUUCAAAAUCCUGAUGUGAAGUAUACAAAUAAAAACAAGAUGAACAAAAAAAACCUGUACAUCUUUCACUUUACUUCCUCUUCGCCUUCUAAGAUCUCAAACGCGCUCUUCUCUCAGAACUAUGCCAUGUCGAUACGUAACAAUUUAUAAGAACAAAAUUAUGUUUUUUGUUAUCCAUAAAAAUGCGUCUACAAUAAAAACGAUCAGUACUAGGCGCAGCUUGUUUUAAAAGUAAAGUUCUUCAACACUCAUAAAUACUGUACAGCAAUAUCACUGCUGGUAUCCCAGAGUCUCCAAGACACUUAUUUUUAUGAUUUUUAAUUAAAAAAAAAAGUGUAAUUGGCAUUUGAAAUACGAACUCAAAAACAAAAAAUCUUAUUUUGAGAAUAUUUUAGUCCAGACCUAAAAAGUUAAGUUGAAGUAUGUGUGUACAUGUUUUGUGGAUGAAAACAACACUAUGGUCCAGAUGAUUCCGAAAUCCUGAUAU